CAAUAUCUUAGCUAUUCUAAUCAGGUAUGUCUAUAUUUACAAUAUCUCAGCUAUGCUAAUCAGGUAUGUCUAUGUUUACAAUAUUUUAGCUAUACUAAUCAGGUAUGUCUAUAUUUACAAUAUCUCAGCUAUGCUAAUCAGGUAUGUCUAUAUUUACAAUAUCUCAGCUAUGCUAGUCAGGUAUGUCUAUAUUUACAAUAUCUUAGCUAUGCUAAUCAGGUAUGUCUAUAUUUACAAUAUCUCAGC